ACCACCAUGUACAGCGUCGAGGACCUCCUCAUUUCGCACGGAUACAAACUGCCCAAGACCGUCUCCACCUCCUCGUCCUCGUCAGUUGCCACCGCUUCCGCCGCCGCCGCCGCACCGUACGACAAGCGCUACGCUGACUGCCACCGUGAAACCAACGCCGAGAACAGGCCCGGUCGCGGAGCGCUGAGCGGCUAUGAAGCAGACCGGGGAGCAUGCGUCUACGGCAGCAGGCAGGCGCUGGUUCUGGCGAAGGGCUACCCCGCCGACAGUGAGCACCAGAGGAGAAAAGAAGCUGGCAGUGGUAACCUAGGUGACGCGCAGCCCCUGGGCGAUUCUCUCGCCACGGAUAGUGGCUUCUACGACGCUCCCAGCCUGAGUUAUUCCGAGCAGCUGCUGAGCCACGAUGAGAGGGACGUCUCCUACUGGAGGAGGCGUGGCCAGGACUUCAGCGUCCUCCUCGACUACGCCGACGGCAGGGAGCUGAGGGCGUCGGCGGGGUCAUGGAGGCCCCAGGCCCUGGUGGCGGCCGGGGAGCACCGGGAGAGGCAGCAGCAGCUGUGGGAGGACCUCUCCUGGCUGAGGGACCCUGACUCGGCCCCGGGGCAGCUGAGGGUGACCGGGGAGAGGAAGUGCCAGAGCCUGGGCACGGAGGAGUGGAAGCCCGCAGUGGGGCUGGGGAGGCAGCUGUCGGACGGCGAGGGUGAACGCUGGGCGCAGGAGCAGCAGCACCGCUUGAGGAUGACGGAGGGCGCACCCCUCCCCAGAGCCCGGGGGAAGUCCCAGUCCCUCCCCAGAGUGCUAUCGCCCGACGGAACGGAGCACACCGACAUGGUUCUGUCCAGACAGGGCCAGCUCGACAGACAAAGAGUGAACAGCACUGUCUUCUCCGGGCCUUACAGUAGGUAUUAUUACAGCGCCGCCAUCGGUAGGGACCGCUGGGGCAGGGGCUGGCCAAGCGGCCAUGUUGCACUUUUACCAAAGCCCAGGUUCAGCAGGCCUGUUAAGCCUCCGUCGUAUGAGAUUCACCAGCAGACUCGGGGUAGCUCGGAGACGCUCGCUGCCGAUCAGGGGCUCAAACAGAAAGACAGACCCAUCUAUUAUUACCCCAGGGGCGGGGAACUGCAGAGACAGGACUAUUUCGCACAACACUCUGCCAUCUUUGGUGUAGAGCCCCCAGGUUACAUCCCGCCUCCGUCUUAUAAAAGAGCCCCACUGCCAAGGGGAGGCCCGAUCAAUCGCAACGAGCUGACCAACUACAGGUGGAGGGGGGAGGUCUUGCAGGUGCCUGUCAGUUCGGAGGCGGCGAGGUGGUUCUCCCGACAGACGGGAGGUUCGUGGCUCGAACAUUACGGGGAUCGAGGCGCGCCCUAUCGAAGACACGUGCAUCCCGGAUACAGUGAGGAGCACCUGGGACACGUGCGUUAUUUACCCUUCGAUGACCCGCGAGUGAGACAUAACUCAGGAGGGCCUGGUGGAAAUUCUCUCACGGACUCGGACAAGGUCCGAAACAUCAACAAAGAGAUUCCCUGCGCUAAGGUUUUAGGACAAUCUACAAAUGAUAGUGCCUUUUCACCCCCCCAGGGGCCAUCUGUUAAUACUGACGGACGCAAGGCAUCCAUCAACGACAAUGACAGCAGUAAUCGGUGGUGCAACAGGGGCAUAAGCAAAGGAAGUGACAGUGUAGCUUGUGAACAAAGCAGCGGGAGCUACCCCGCGGCUUUUCAGGUCCGCCAACCUCCACCUCCUCCCCCACAGAGCAAGCCUGUGGACCAGGGCGUGGCCGAAACUGUGAAAAAGAGCGAGCCUGAACCAGAGAAGGAGAGACCUAAAAGCAUACGGAAGAAACUCAACGAGACGAUCUUUUGUUUGGUGUCGGUUCCCGCUCCCCCGGCGCCCAGUGGGACGACCCGCGAUCAGAACAACAACGACGAGAAGCCGCCCGACCAGGUGGACAGUCCCAGCGAGAACAAAACCGGCCACUUAACAAACCAAAGUCUCCAAAGCACAUCUUCAGCUGAGGCCGAGCUGCAAGCACUAACUGGUAGCAUAGCAAGCAGCUUAACGAGCAGCAGAGCGAGUAGCAAAGUAGUAAGAAGAGUCCCCUGUAGACCCCCUAAGAUAAACCAUUACAAGGAGCUGAAGUUAUCGGGUUCCUGGCCUGCCAACCAGUACCGGGACCAGGAGACGCAAACGAGCCCAGAGGCCCGAAAGCCCGCCCCUCCAGGACCUGAAAACAAGGAAGCACAAGAGCCUGUUCCCCAAGGCUCGGACGUCGCCCCCGACAGCGGCGUGGGCGGCGCCGCGUUCAGCUAUCCCAUAAAGGGCGUGAAGAGCCUCAAACCGUCCAGCAACAGCGCCUUUUCCCGGACGUCCACUUUCUCCAGCCAGCUGAACAAGAGCACAGCUCCGACGCCAGCACCACCCUCAGGAAACGCAGAGGAGGACGAGGCGGCCAAACCAGCAGCGGCCGCCGUCGCAGCAGCCAGCGGCGGCGGCGGGCAGGAAGCCUUCGGACAGUUCCUGCUCAAACCCGUCAGCCGACGCCCGUGGGACGCCAUCGAGGAGCUGGAGACCAUCAACAAGGAGCUCCAGAAUCAGCAGAGCAGCAAGCGGCCCAGCGUGGACCAGUGCAUCGAGGACCUGAACGAAGCUUACAAAGACAUCCUGGAGCUAGGCACUGCCAGCAAUAAAGUCUCCAGCGACUCCAAUGUGCAGAUCCCGGAGCGGAUCAAGAUCAGGAUGUCGGGGGAGCCCCUGAACAAGCCGAGCAGCCUGCGGCGCAGCAUGGACAGCUGGUCGGCGUCCGUCGACCCCGAGUACAGGGAGGUCAAGAGCGCUUUCUCCCGCCCGGCGGCCAAAUCGGUAACCUUCAGCAAGCAGCUUAGAGAGGAGUUGCCUGUCCCGCCACGGGAAACAGGCUUCCGAGAAUACAGGGUCAUCCCGAACCUCUCCCACAAGAGGAACAGCGACGGCAGGACGGUCAAGCUCGACCUCCCGGACGAGCCUAUCGAGACGCCAUUAUGUGACUUCAGCCCGACGACACACGCCACAGCCGCCGAGGUCCCCUGGGCGGACCGACAGCCCAUGCAGGACGCCUCCACCCUGACGAGCCCGCCGGAUUACGAGGACAUUUGUCAGACCCUGCGCCAGUCGAGAGACACGACGGAGGCCAAGACGUGUAGAUCGAAACCCGGGGCCGGCGACUCGGACCCCCCCCAGGAUGACCGUGUGGACUCUGAAGAGGAAUGCCCCAUUUGUAGGAGAGAGAGCGAGAGCCAGAUGAGACAGCUGCCCAUGCCUCCGCUCCACGAGGAGGACUGCUCGGAGCUGACCAACCAAAAUGGCGCAUCCGAGGACACCGGUGCUGAGCAGUGUCCCGCCUCAGAAAACAGGGCGGAGGGGGGAGAAACACCGGAACGCACGGAUUUGAGCUCAAAUCAAUCCGAGCCAAACGUGCGCCCUGAUGGGGAGGAGCAGCCGUCGCCAGCAGAUGAAAACGCGGGCGGCGCUGAGACCGCCAUUCCAACCGAGAACCCAAACGAUCCACGCGAGGUCAAAUUUGCAGAGGGCGCGUCAGAGAGUGAAUCUAUAGAGGAGAGGGCAGCUAGGAUAUUAGGGAUCGAUGUGCCUGCAGAGUCCUUGGUCACAGAGGAGAAGAGCGCGAGCGAGUUAGCGACAGGAGGAAUGGAAUCCGCCGAGAACGAAACGACUCGACAUGUGCCUGAGAGCGGUGUGGACAAACUGACAUCUGGUGAGAAAGAGGAGCUGGAGGCCCCGGACUCCCAGUCUGCGGGGUCUGCCGACAGGCAGGAACAAGAGAAGAAGCAGCAGGCCGUCCUAGAACCGAGGAUUGUUUUGCGGGCCCAUCUGGGUCGAGACCACCCAGGAAUACCAGAGUUCCCACCAGACAGACUGCCUCUCUCGGUCCCCCUCAACCCCGACCACAGGCUGUCUCUCAGUGUGGAGGGAGAGAGGAGGAGCCGAUGCCCCUCGCAGAGGAUUGAAGCCCUGCAGGACAAACUAGCCGCCUCCCCUAGCCGGGUAGCGGUAGAACGCCUGGCACGGAUGAAGGAGGUGGACUCUGUCUCCCGCAUGAGGAGACUCAGCAUCAGAAGCACAGACUCUGGGGAGGGGGAGGCCAGCGGUGGCCAGGAAGAGGAGGCUCUCCCUACUCCUCUCAGAAAUAAAGUGGAUGAUGGAGAGGUUUCCCAGACUGCAACAGUCUCUAUGGAGACAGUGUUGCAAGACCAAGACAAGGCACUGUCUGUUUCAGUAUCCCCUCCGCUGUGUCCCAGAGGUCUUCGACUCGAGCCGGACGAAGAAAGCGUAGAGAGACCACGCCCGUCAUCUCCAUUGGAGGUUUUAGCUCCAACACUGUGACCUGGCUGCCCACUAGAUUGCCUUCAUCUCAUCCCAACACAGAAAUGGCCUUCUUGUCCGACAAGAGCAUUGUGUACAACACCCUCACCCUCUG